UAGAAACACGAUUAAAUUUGAAGUUAGGAAAAAGGAAGAAUGAGUAACGUUCCAAAAGAAGCCAUUGAAGUGAUAGCGCAGAGUAUUGGCAUUACGAAUUUAUCCCCAGAUGUUGCCAUUGCUUUGGCUCCUGAUGUUGAAUAUCGUGUUCGAGAAAUCAUGCAGGAGGCAAUUAAAUGCAUGCGCCACUCACGGCGGACGGUUUUGGCAGCUGAUGACGUUGAAAGUGCUCUUAAUCUGCGAAAUGUGGAGCCGAUAUAUGGCUUUACUUCCCGUGAUGCACUACGAUUCAAAAGAGCUGCUGGGCAUAAGGAUUUGUUCUAUAUUGAUGACAAGGAUGUGGAGUUUAAAGAAGUUAUUGAAUCGUCUUUGGCAAAAGCACCAAUUGAUACAUCUGUCACAUCUCACUGGCUUGCAAUUGAAGGCAUUCAACCGGAAAUUCCGGAGAAUGCUUCAGUUGAAGCACCUUCUGAUGGCAAAAAGGCUGAAUACAAAGAGGAUGGAACUUCUGCUGAUGUUAAAUUACCUGUUAAGCAUGUAUUAUCGAGAGAACUUCAACUUUACUUUGACAAGAUCAUGGAGAUUACCAUGAAUAGAUCUCUCUCAAUUCUCUUUAAACAAGCAAUACUAAACUUGUCAACUGACUCGGGACUACAUCCCUUAGUUCCCUAUUUUACAUAUUUCAUUGCUGAUGAGGUUGCACGGAAUUCAAAUAAUUUCCUUAUUUUGUCUGCUUUGAUGCGUGUCACCCGGAGCCUUCACCAGAACGAUCACAUACAUAUAGAACCUUACUUACACCAAUUGAUGCCAUCUAUUAUUACCUGCCUCAUUGCAAAAAGAUUAGGGAAUAAAUUCACUGACAAUCACUGGGAACUUAGAAACUUUGCAGCAAAGCUAGUGGCAUCAAUAUGCAAAAGAUUUGGGCAUGUUUAUCACAAUCUUCAGCCACGUGUGACAAGGACUCUGCUCCAUGUUUUUUUGGACCCAACCAAAACAUUUCCCCAGCAUUAUGGUGCAAUUCAAGGGUUAGCAGCCCUUGGACCCAGUGUGGUUCGUCUACUUAUACUGCCAAAUCUUGAAGCAUAUUUGCAGCUUCUUGAACCUGAAAUGGCACUGGAAAAGCAGAAGAAUGAAAUAAAAAGACACGAAGCUCAUUGUGUUUAUGGGGCUCUGCUGCGUGCAGCUGGGCUGUGCAUGUAUGAUCGGCUUAAAAUGUUCCCCGGUCUGCUAGCCUCUCCAACUCGUCCUGCCUGGAAAAACAGCGUGAAAGUCACAAGGACAAAUAAACGAAAGGCAAGCACGGACAACUUGAUGCAGCAACCACCGGUCAAGAAAAUAGCAACCGAGAGUGCAGUGGGAAUGAUGCCUAUAAAUUCCAUGCAAGCUGAUUUACAAGGGGCAGCUUGCAGCUUUUCUAACUCCGUAGGAGGUUCGAAUAUUGGCGCUUCAUCAAUGUCUCGGCCAUUAUCAAAUGAUAACAUGCUAGGAAGGGAGGCUGGCAGUCGAGUUUCAAAGACAUCAACUGUUCUAGCUCAGGCUUGGAAGGAAGAUACAGAUGCAGGGAACUUGUUGGCAUCAUUAUUUGAACUUUUUGGUGAAAGUAUGUUAUCAUUUACCCCGAAACCUGAGCUUUCAAUCUUCCUUUGAUUAAAUUUUACCUUUUCGACGGUAAUUUGUGUAAAUCAUCUCCAUAGUUUCAGGCUCAUUAUGUUUACUUAUAAACCUUUUUCUUUUCUUUUCAUAUAUGAUAUAUGUAUUAUGUAGUUAUCA